CUCGCAAGCAACAGCUGAUUGGAGGGAAAGGAGAAUGGGAGAAUGUUUACAAAAACUCGCCCAAAGCCAAAAAAACUAGCAUAAAAAGCGUUUGUCGUUCUCGGGGAGGGGAUCUUCGUUCAUAAAAACAAAUAUUUGGUGGAGGUUAGGUCCUCGCUGUUCCUUUGUUCUGGAGGUGCUGAAGCUGAGAGGAAUAUUGUGAACAUUUGGAGAUAUAAAAUCAUAUCGGUGUCCAUCGACGUAAGGAUUUUAUUGGACGCGAGGAUCAGAGAACUGCGAAAAUGGCUAGAACGUCGAAGGAAGAGCCGACGAUUGCCCAGAGGAUGUGGGAGAUGUCGAACGAUGUGGAGACGAUAUCAGCAGUGGACGAGAUAUACAAAUACGAUUACAUGGAGCAGCAGAGCAUCCUGGCUGCCAAGCCCUGGGAGAAAGACCCCCACUUCUUCAAGGACAUUAAAAUCUCAGCUCUCGCCCUCCUGAAGAUGGUGAUGCACGCACGUUCAGGUGGUACCCUGGAGAUAAUGGGUCUCCUCCUGGGGAAGGUGACUGCCAACACGAUGAUCGUGAUGGAUUCGUUCGCUCUACCUGUUGAGGGGACUGAGACUCGUGUCAAUGCCCACGAGCAGGCGUACGAGUACAUGGCUGCCUACAUAGAAGCUGCCAAGCAAGUGGGCAGACCGGAGAACGCCAUUGGCUGGUACCACAGUCACCCUGGGUAUGGCUGCUGGUUGUCGGGAAUUGAUGUGUCAACCCAGACCAACAAUCAGACGUUUCAGGAUCCCUUCGUGGCCAUUGUCAUCGAUCCUGUGAGGACCAUUUCAGCGGGGAAAGUCUGUCUUGGGGCAUUCAGAACUUAUCCUAAGGGCUACAAACCAGCGAAUGAAGAGCCCUCAGAAUACCAAACGAUCCCCCUGAACAAAAUCGAGGACUUUGGAGUUCAUUGUAAGCAGUAUUACCCCCUGGAAGUCUCCUACUUCAAGUCUUCCCUGGACAAACGCAUACUGGAGUCCCUCUGGAACAAGUACUGGGUGAACACUUUGAGCUCAUCGAGUCUCCUGACGAACGCAGACUACACGACUGGACAGAUAUUCGACUUGGCUGACAAGCUCGAGCAGUCGGAGUCUCUCGUGAGCCGCAGUAGUCACGGGUUUCUACUCGCUGCUGAGUCGCAGGAAGUGAAGCCUGAAGAUAAGCUCACGAAGGCCACGAGGGACAGCUGCAAGACGACUAUCGAAGUCAUCCAGGGGCUGAUGACACAGAUCAUCAAGGACAAGCUGUUCAACCAGAUUGGAUCCAUCCGAAUGGAGACUUAAUAAUCCCUUUUUCUAUUAUUUUCGUAUUAAAACAGGAAGAACGUGAGGCUGACGGGGUGUACAGUUGUUUUUUCAUGGAAACUUUUGCUGAGGAAUUAAAAUUCAAUAAAAACGUGAAUGUUCUCACAGUU